CAACCUUCACGCUGGUGAAAAGUGAUAAUCAAUCAAUCAACCUCAUUAUCCUUUGGUCCUGGAGUAAUUCGUUUCGUGUUACGAAGCGGUUAAUUGAUUGUUAGGACCCGUUUAUUGGUUAGUUUAUUGGUUUUGAAGACGUUGGUAAUGGAUGAAGAAGUAGCGGAAGACUUUGACUGUCCGAAUCUUCUCUGUGAUGAACAGGAGCCUCUGGAAACAAGCAAUGUACGAGAGAGAGCGCCGAGAAGUAAGAGGAAGAGGAAGAGGAAGAGAGAAGAAGAGGAGCAGGUGUUUAAUGAGAGGAGGGGAAAAAAGGCAAAGGAAGAAACAGAGCAAGAUGGGAACGAAAAGAGAGUUUCUGAGAAGGACUGUGAUGCUGCACAGGGUGAAGGUAAGACGAAGUCACUCAGUAGGGUGGAGGUGGACAAGAACCAGGAGGUGCAGAGGGAGGACAGUAGGAAAGACGGUGAUGAGGGAAGGAAGUCCGACGAGCAACCGUGCGGAGAAUCAAAAGUGGAGCAGAAAAAGAGCAAGAAGAGGCGAGGAAGGAAACAAAGCGAGCGAAUUAGAAACAAGAGGGGGGUGAAAGAUGGAGGUGAGAAACUGGAGGGAAAAAAGAGGUGUGAGGCACAGGAAGUGUCAGUGCAGAGCUCCAAGGUGAGCUCGGCUCUCUCAGAGCCUUUUUUUGGACUGAUGAACAGCAGUGAUGUGUCCGACCCCAUUUACCUAGGCUGUGGAGCAACAGGCUUGUAUGGAGCAACUGUUCCCAUCCCACUGCUCUACUCCUCCUCACAAACUCCGGUCACUAUCCAGCCUGCACCUCCUCCUUCUCAGGGGACAAAACGACCUCCCAGUCCCCUGCUGUCUCACAGUCUGCCCCAGCAGGGGCCUCAGUCUCUAGAGAUGGAGAUAACCCAGGUUUACUCCACCCGACGCUCCAUUCGCUAUAGUGCCAGGGGCCAGCGUCACUCCAUGAGUUUCCCUCUGUUGUCAGAGCUGGAGACGGUGGACGGCUGCCUGCUGCCACCUGCACCCAAGAAGAAAACACGAACGCUCUACAGCACAGAUCAGUUGGAGCACUUAGAGGCCCUGUUCCAGGAGGACCACUACCCUGAUGCAGAGAAGAGGAAAGUGAUUGCUGCGUCAGUUGGUGUCACCCCUCAGAGAAUAAUGGUCUGGUUUCAAAACCGCAGGGCUAAGUGGAGGAAAGUAAAGCGCUCUAUCACGAUGAAGGCUGAACACAAACAGAGCAAAGUUGAGUUCACCAGCAGCCCCCCACAGUUUAAUCAUAUGCCACCCACACUGGCAUCUAACAGCAACGGAACUUCCUGUUUUCUUGGACAUUUUACCGACAAACUGCCCCAGUUUCCCUCGGAAGCCUGUUCUUACAACACCCUGUCCAACCAGACCUCAACCUCCUACAGCCACCUGCUGUCCAGCCCUGGUCAGUCCAGAGUGAGGGAAGGAAGUCAGCAACAGCUUUCAUCUCAGGCAGAGCUGACGGACUACCACCCUCGUCCCAUGCACAGCCCUCCCCCCCUGCGGAGAGCCAGCCUUCCCAAUUUCUCUAUGAUGUACAACCCUGCCAACUCCACUGCACCUCUGCUCAACACCCCAGCUGUAACGCUACCCCUGUUUCUUGAUGCUCUGGAGGAAGGCUCCUCCUCAGCCCAUCGUGACACCCAGUCCCUGCAGAUGGACAUCAGUUCUUUGUUUGACUUUGGGGAGAAGCUCGACUACCCGACAUCCAGCCAGCAAAGCAGCAGUCUCUCUUUCCCACUUCACACCUCCUUCUCGUCCAGCCAACAAAACCAGUCUCAAGCAACGCUACCCCGCCUGGCCUAUCUCACUCCCUCUCCCUACCUCACCCCAAAUCCUCCAGAUUCCAACCCUAACUCCUACCUGACCUUUGGCCCUGGAGGAAACACUACAGGAGUGGUAACGUACUCCACUGGGGGGCACUCUUACUUCCAGUCUCAAAGUGCUGAACAGAUCCUGCUGCAGUCUGCCGGUCAGCAUGGUGGGAUCACAGCGUACCAGUCCCACCCCUGGGGUAACUUGUACAGCCAGUCAGCCGUGUACCAGCAAACUCAGUGCCCUUCAUCUCUACCUGCCAGCAUGGGUGCUUCAAGAGAGCCACAGCCCCCCUCCUCCACCUACCUGCACUUCCCUCCAUUUUACCCCCAAGGGGAUCUCGCUGUCUCACAGGAACACUCCCCGCUUUCUGCACAUGCUCAACCAUCGACCACCAUCAACAGCACCACCUCCACCUCCACCUCUACCACCACCAUCCUCCCACCUGUGUCCACACUGCGUCCUUCACACCUCAGAGGGGAGAGCGCAUCGCUGUCACCUUCCCAGGUCAGCCCUGCCUCCCCAGAAAGUCCUCCAGUGCCCCCUUGUGUCAAGAUUGAGUAUGAAAGCCCCCAAGAGAUUCAGAGCCACUUCCACUGUGACUUCUCCCCCACACAUUUUUGAAGUGUUUGUGUUUCUUUCAAGUAUUUAGCUAGUUUCUUUCAAAGUGUUUCAGGGAGAGAAAUGUGUUUUAUUACAUAUAUAGGUUUGUGUGAGACAUCAAGUCUGUGACCUGAAGAGUUCUGUGUUAUGUCAAAGUUUUAUAAUUUAAUUUAACAGGUAGGUUUGUUGUGUGGAUGGGUGAUACGACGGAGCUGUCGACAAAUCGACAAAGUGAUAUCCUAAAGCAUUAUUUUUUUUGUUUCAUAUUUAAGUGUGAUUUAAAAUGUAAAGACAGACAUUCCAGGAUGAGCCUUGGUUAAAAAAACAAACAAAAAAAAUGGUUAAUAUUUGUAAAAGAUGUGUUAAUGGUAGAUUUGGUUGUCGGUGUGAUGCCAGAGGUAUUAGAAUGGUGAUUACAGUAUAUGUAAAGGGAAAACAUUCACUUAGGCUGACAAUAGGAUGAAAAGAUGAUAGGCACCAAACUCUAUACUAAGUUAAUGUAGCAGAACAUUAAGAUAUCAAACAAAAAAGUGUGUGUAUUUAUAUAAACAUAAACCAGUUCCUUUGA